UCGUUCUUCCUCCUCACAAGUAGUUUUGUGACAGCAAGUUGAAGGAAUGGAGUCUCCAAUGGGCAAGUUCAUUUGCAUCCUCGCAUUGCUCCUGAUGGCAAGUGUGGCGUCCCGGGGGGCUCACGCUGCAGGCGAGUGCGGGAAGUCGACGACCCCUGACGCUGAGGCCAUGAAGCUGGCCCCCUGUGCAGCGGCCGCACAGGACGCGAAAGCCCCCGUGUCCGACAGCUGCUGCGCCCAGGUGAAGAGGAUAGGGCAGAACCCGAGCUGCCUCUGCGCCGUGAUGCUCUCGAACAUGGCUAAGGCUUCCGGUAUCAAGCCCGAGAUCGCCAUCACAAUCCCCAAGCGCUGCAACAUCGCAGACCGCCCAGUGGGUUACAAGUGCGGAGCUUAUACCUUGCCAUGAUGGAAGACCAUAUGACUCGGAUAUGUGGCUGUUAAUGGUUCCACAGUGACUGAUGCUUCAGCUCUGUCGUUUCAUAACAAAUAAAAGGGACAGGAGCUUUGUUGUAAUCUAUGAUCUACCUUAAUAAAUCGAAGCGCAUCUGAGGGCGUUCUCAGUUGCAA